GAAGAAGAAACAGAAGAAGAAGACUAAUUCAACAUGGCGACCUAGUAGGCUGUCCACGCUCGUUUGUUGACAAGUCUCCAUUAUCGAAGUUUUUGUUUCAUUUGACGGUUUGUCGAGCCAAAGCAUGUCGAGACUCAUCAUUAAAAACCUCCCAAAUGGGAUGAAGGAGGAGAGGUUCCGAGAGAUGUUCGCGGAAUUUGGGACCGUCACAGACUGCACGCUCAAGUUCACCAAGGACGGCAAAUUCCGCAAAUUUGGAUUUGUCGGGUUCAAAAGCGAAGAAGAUGCGAAUACUGCCUUGAAGCAUUUUAACAAGAGCUUCGUGGACACAUCAAGAGUGACCGUGGAAAUGUGCAAGUCGUUUGGUGAUCCCACCAAAGCGAGAGCCUGGAGCAAACACACGCAGAACUCUGAAGCAGACAAACCAGUCGCAAAAACUCAAACUGUUGAUAAAAAGGAGAAGAAGUUGAAAAAGAAAACCACUGCACUGGGAAAUCUGGAGGAGGACGAGGGCUUCAAAGAGUUCCUGUCGGUGCAUCAGAAUCGAACCCAAGUGCCGACGUGGGCGAACGAUACGGCGCAGCAGACCGUCGACCCGAGCGGUGUGAAGGCGAAAAGCAAGAAGCAAACGGCUGCAGAUGAUUACCUCAACUUUGACUCGGACCAGUCAGAGGAUGAAUGUGAAGAAAAAGAGGAGGGCAGCGAAGAUAACUGCACCGCGAAAGAAGCUCUGAAGUCCGGCUUGUCGGAUAUGGAGUAUCUGCGCUCUAAGGUGGUGCCAACUGAGGAAGACGUGGGGGAAAGUGAAGAGGAGGAUGAUGAGGGAGAGGGAGAAGAAGAGGAGGAGGAUCUCGGACCUGCACAGCUCAACGACAGUGCUUACGAGAGCGGAGAUCGAGCUAAAACCCUCAAGGUGAAAACUCCUACUUCCCCUGAGAGCAAGACGGAGGGGAAAGCCGAGAAAAAUAAGAAGCUGGAGAUGGAACCAACAACAGAGUUCACGGUGAAACUGAGAGGAGUCCCGUUCAAUGUCACCGAGCAACAAAUUCGAGAGUUCAUGACGCCACAGAAGCCGGCCGCCAUCAGAAUUGGAAGAAAAGAAAGUGGCAACAGAUCAGGCUACGUGUAUGUAGAUCUUCAUUCUGAAGAAGAGGUUGAAAAGGCCUUGAAGAAGAAUAAAGACUAUAUAGGACGGCGCUACGUUGAGGUGUUCCGUGUUGACGCGUCAGGAUGGAACAGGACUAGCCGAAAGGACGACACAAUUGACCGCAACUUCACCAGGAAGCUGAAGGAGGACGAGGAGGAAGAGGAUGUUGCGGAGUCAGGGCGACUCUUCGUCCGAAACCUCCCGUACACCUGCACGGAAGAAGAAAUCAAAGAAAUGUUUUCUAAGCAUGGACCUUUAUCUGAGGUGCUCUUCCCCAUCGACAAUCUGACAAAGAGACCCAAAGGUUUUGCUUUCGUAACAUUCAUGAUUCCAGAGAAUGCUUUGUCGGCUUUGACGGAGCUGGACGGACACGUAUUUCAGGGCAGGAUGCUUCACUUGCUCCCAUCCACAGUGAAGAAGGAAAAGAGUGAAUCUUCAGAAGCUGGCGGUCCGGGCUCCUCGUCUUACAAACGGCAAAAGGAUGCGAAAAACAAAGCUUCGAGUUCCAGUUCACACAACUGGAACACACUCUUUCUGGGCACGAGCGCAGUGGCUGACGCCAUCGCUGAGAAAUACAACACCACAAAAAGCAAAGUCUUGGACCAUGAGACGAAAGGCAGCGUUGCUGUGCGAAUGGCUCUGGGAGAGACCCAGAUUGUCCAAGAGACUCGGCAGUUUUUGCUGGACAGCGGUGUGAGUUUGGAUUCCUUUAGUCAGGCGGCGGCAGAGAGGAGCACAACUGUGAUUUUGGUGAAGAACCUCCCAGCCGGAGUGACCGUGUCAGAGUUGGAGGCCAUCUUCUCCGCUCACGGCUCUUUGGGGCGAGUGUUGCUGCCGCCCUCUGGCCUCACCGCCAUCGUCGAGUUCCUGGAGCCCACUGAAGCCAAGCGAGCGUUCACUAGAUUGGCCUAUAGCAAGUUCCAACACGUCCCGCUGUAUUUGGAGUGGGCGCCCACGGGGGUGUUCGUUGCAGUCAAACCUGCACCAGUGAAAGCAGAGAACGCAGAAGAGGAGGAGAAGAAGAAGAAACAGAAGAAAGAAAAACAAGAAAAGGAAGAAGAAGAGGAGGAGGAGGAGGAGGAGGAGGAAGAUGAACCUCUUCCAGGUUCCACACUUUUCAUCAAGAAUUUAAAUUUCAACACCACAGAGGAAACACUUCAGGAGACCUUCUCCAAAUGUGGCAAGGUUAAGUCGUGCACAAUCUCCAAGAAAAAACAAAAAUCAGGCACGUUGCUUUCAAUGGGCUACGGUUUUGUUCAGUAUCGUACGCCCGAGGCAGCGCAGAAAGCCCUGCGGCAACUUCAGCACUGCAAAGUGGACGAACACUCGUUGGAGCUGAAGAUUUCAGAGAGAGCUACCAGGACGUCUGAAGUGUCACGCAAGAAAAAGCAGGCGGAGAAGAAGCAAACGGGAUCCAAGAUCCUCGUGCGAAACGUCCCCUUCCAGGCCAGCGUGAGGGAAAUUCGAGAGCUCUUCUGUACAUUCGGAGAGCUGAAGACGGUCCGCCUUCCCAAGAAAGCGGCAGGAACGGGGAAGCAUAGAGGUUUUGGCUUCGUUGACUUCAUCACCAAGCAGGAUGCCAAGAAAGCAUUUGCCGCCUUGUGCCACAGCACCCAUCUUUACGGGAGGCGCCUGGUCCUGGAAUGGGCCGACACAGAGGAAACGGUGGAGACAUUAAGACGGAAAACAGCUGAACAUUUUCACGUGGCCAGCAAAAAGCAACGCAAGGCUGAGGUUCUGGGGGCAAUUCUGGAAAACAUGGAAACGCCGGAUGCCGCGGAGGACUGAAACUGCUGGUCUUGGCUAAACAGUGGACAGCAGGAAUUGAGGGGUUGAGAUGACUGGUUGUUGCGCAAGUUUGAUUCCAGCUUCCUCACAGCCCUGUUGAGGUACCCUUGAGCAAGAACUGAGACCCUUUUUAGUUUGAAGGUUAUGCCAUCAGUUUGUGAGCAAGCAAUUUCAGUCCAUUACUUUACAUGCUAUGAUCAUAAAUCAUGGUAUGUUACUGUGAACUUGUUUUUAUUUAAAGAAAAAAAAAGUUUUUUUUGUAAUACAGAUGUUUUAUAGAAUGAUUUAAAACGUGUUUAAAAUAAAAAUGCACAAUAUG